AGCGGUCCCACACUGGAGGUGCACCCGCCAUGUGGCCAGCCGCCCUGCCUGCCUCCCUGCUGCUGUGGGGACUUUGGAUCACAGCCUUCCCAGUGGGCUCCAUCCUGCCUCCAGAUCUCAGCAUGAGCCAAAAGGCACAGAUGUUCCAGGACUUUGUGAUUCGGUUCAACAAAACGUAUCGGAGCCCAGAAGAGACGCAGCACCGUUUCAAAAUCUUCCUUCAGAACCUGGAAAGGAGCCAAGCGCAGCAGGCUUCGGAGCUGGGGACGGCACAGUACGGAAUCACUCAGUUCAGUGACCUGACAGAAACGGAGUUUAAGGAGAGGUGUGGGAACGGUCAUGCCUCUCCGCCCGACCUGACCCCCUCACAGAGGCAGCCAGAUGCACCUUUGGAGGGCGAAAUAUCCCCGUCCUGUGACUGGAGAAAAACUGGAGCCAUCCCAGAAGUGAAACACCAGGGUGAAAAAUGUGCGUCGUGCUGGGCUUUUGCAGCUGUGGCCAAUAUCGAAGCCUUGUGGAACAUCCACCGAGGUUCGCCACGAAACCUCUCAGCACAGGAGAUGCUGGACUGCACCUACUGGGAAUGCAAUAAGCAAGGCUGCCAGGGUGGCUAUCCAUGGGACGGAUUCCUGACUGUCGUCAACCGGAGCGGCUUAUCAAGCGAAAAGCUGUAUCCCUACACGGGGAAAGUGCAGAAGUGUCUCAAGCUGCGUAAACGGAACCUGACCCCGAUUGACGGCUACGAAAUGCUGCCCCGCGAUGAAAAACACAUAGCUGAACGUGUGGCUUCCCAGGGGCCUGUGACCGUCCUUCUCAACUGCGCUGCCCUUCAGAAUUACCAAAAAGGCAUCAUCCAGAGAUCUGCGAAGGACUGCGACCCAAAGUAUCUGGACCAUGUUGGGCUCAUCGUGGGCUACGGAGAAGCCAAAUCCCGGCGUGGAUCUUGGAACGGGCAGUACUGGAUCAUCCAGAACAGCUGGGGGAAGGACUGGGGAGAAGAGGGGUAUUUCCGCUUUUAUCGUGGAAGCAACACCUGCGGCAUUGCCAUGUAUCCAGCGACAGCCAUCGUCAAGAAUAACCGAGGAAAGAAACCUGUUUUUUGCCACCUUUAGUGGAGUUGGAAGUGAAGGACUCUGUGCUGUCUCAUGUCUCAAUGACAGAGGGGGACAGACUAGUGAGUCAGAGGGCUAGAGGGGUCAAGACAUUGGUCAUCCCUUCUCUACUGCUCUGACACAAUCCCUUUGAUAUGUAGAUUGCUACUCUCAGGAACUUACUUACUUCCCUCUUCCUCUUCCCUUUCUUCUCCCUUGCAACACACACACUCCUCUCACAUCUCCAUGUGUGCAGAGAUGCAGAAACCAUCCCUCUGCAUCCAGCUAGCUAGCUAGAAUAGAGAUCCUAUCUCUCCACUUUCCUAUCUAGCAUGGAGUUCACUAAUAAAGACUCCUUAUAUUGAUUUGAAA